CUCACUUUGAAGAUUUGUCAAUUCAGUUCAUCUUCACGAUCAGCUGAAUAACAAUAAUCGUUCGAAAUAGGAUUCGUGGAUGUUAAAAAAUUCCCUCAUUGAGUAACAAAAUUGCGUCAAGUGGGGCAGAACUCCUUUCUCUCAUGGAGAGAUAACGUUUCGGGGGAUAACUUCGGUUAUGAUCAUCGUCUGUGUGUUACAGUAUUGAACGGAAAUUGACAGUGGAUGUGCAGUAUUUAAAAAAGAUGGUUAGUUUAUGUGACGAUAAGACAUAAGAUGGCCAAUUUAAAAAGAUGUGUUGGUUUCGUGGUGGUGGUUGUGUCAAUAGUACAAAGUUAUUGUGCGACUACGAAGUAUGUGUCGUACAAUUCUACGGACCUUUCGUAUUUAUCGAAUGGAAUUCAAAUACCGGUACCUCCAUCCGUAGAAGACGAAUCCAUCGAUCAAGACGUAUCGACAGAGCAAUUACCGGAUAUGGAGUGGAUGUCGCGUUUAUAUAACCACCAUAAUUGGAAGAGACGACUAACGAGCGUAAAGAAUCCGGAAUGUCGCUCUGAUCUAUCCGUCUAUUUGGAUGAGCUGCAAAAUAACACGCUUUGGGCUAUUAAAAUGCACGAUGCAUCGGGAAGAUAUUCUAGUCAAUUUUUCUUUGGGAACGACUACUGGUUGGGCUCCAGCACCCUGUGCGCGGAAUUGGCAAUCCCUGAAGAAAACGCCGUUCUUCCGCCAUUUCCUGUAUACUUUUAUGUCGGAAUCAUUAGGAUAAACGUUAACGUUAACAUUACUCCGGUGACACGUCAACUACACUUGGGACAAUGUCUUCCAAGAUCAUGUACCACAUCCGAUAUCCGACGUCUACUAAAACAAGAACGGUCCCAAGCAACUUCACUUUCAGUGGUUUCUGUACGCGCAGUACCCGGCGAUUAUUCAAUGCUGCAGGAUAUCAAAUUUCACAUCUUAAGUGCAGUCACGACAUUUGUACUUGUGUUAAUAUUGAUCUCAACGGCGGUGGACUACUGUUUGUCCAAGGAUAAAGAUGUUGAAGUAACGAAGCAAUAUGGAACAACUGCAGAUCCUGACCUUUCCAAAAAGAGUGUGAAAGUUGGAAUAUUUGAACUGCCCAAGAACGUGCUGCUCUGUUUUUCUGCAAUUACAAACGGAAGAAGAAUUUUAAACGUGGAUCAUUUGAAUAAGGAGUCAAUUGCUUGCUUGCACGGACUUCGUUUUUUCUCAAUUUCCUGGAUCAUUCUCGUGCACAGUUACCUGGAGGUUUUCGCCGUUGCCGAUAAUAAAACGUUGAGGACCGUUACCGAACGUUCCUACCUUUAUCAGACGAUUUCCAAUGGAACGUUUUCGGUAGACACGUUUUUCUUUAUAAGCGGCCUUCUCCUUACCACAACAUAUCUAAAGCGUGAACUAAAAACGCCAACGGAAAGUGGGGAAGCGCAAAGGGACGGCAUUGGAUUAAGCGUGGCAAAAAAUAUCCUGCUAAUACUUUAUCGAUACAUUCGAUUAACACCAGCCUACCUCUUUGUGCUGGGACUUAACGAAUUGGCAAUUCGUUAUUACCACAACUUUUCAGUGUUUAGUCCAGCAAUAAUCGACCACAUCAGUUGCCCCGAGCACUGGUGGCGCAACGCUCUGUACAUAAACAACUUUUAUCCUCUGACGGAGUUCUGCAUGUUAUGGUCUUGGUAUAUGUCCAACGAUAUGCAGUUCUUUGUAAUUGCGAUUGUACUCUUGGCAAUUGCCGCAAGGAAUGAGAAAUGUUUCCGAUGGAUUGUUGGGACGGUCGUUGUGUUUCUAUUCACGUCGUGGGUUGUCACAUUCAUAAUUGCGAUGCAGUAUAAGUAUGUGGCCAGGAUUGAGGAACCGUUCGCUUUAUUCGACCAACUGUACGAUAAACCAUGGUUAAGGAUCGGUCCUUACUUGAUCGGAAUGGCCACUGGUUAUCUACUCUUGAGGAUGAAGUACAAAAUGGUGAUGCCGAAAGUAGUCGUAUUUGGGGCGUGGGUACUUUCAUUAGGUUGCCUGUUGGUGUUAGUGUAUGGAUUAGGAAGAGACGGACUUGUGAUACCAGUUUCGGCGUUCUAUGCUUCUUUGGGACAUACAGCAUGGGGAUUGGCAAUUGCAUGGAUAACAAUUGCGUGCAGUACAGGAUACGGAGGACCAAUAGAUUCGGUACUCAGUUUUAGAGGAAUUUAUCCGCUAAGUAGGCUGACGUACUGCGCCUAUUUAAUACAUCCCGUAAUUAUGUGCAUAACAAGUUUUGAAAUGGAUGGCCCGUUCCAUUUGCAUCAGAUAAUUAUGUUAAUUGUGCACUUUGGAAACACUGUUGCUUCAUUUGUGGCGGCAUUUUUAAUUUCAUUGGGAUUUGAAGCACCUUUUGUAGGACUAAUAAAAAUUAUGACAGGUGGAAAGAGAUGAAAGUGCACUGUUUCUACCGGUAAAAUUGAAUAUUUUUCCAUAUUAACGAUUAUAGGGUGCACUUGACACCAUAUACACCGGAUAUAAUGUUAAUGUUGAUUGUUGAGCAUAAUUUAAGUUUUUUAAGCUCUAAUUAAUCUGCCACAUUGGCAUAGUCAAAGUUACCUGUAUGUAGUUUAAUCAUAGCGUUAAAGACAAGACUUAAUUGUUAUUGUGUUUGUGAUACGUUUUAGUUAUUACGUAAUAGAGGACACCAUACUUUUACGCUACAGAUCUCGUUUACCUACACUUUCAAAAAUUUCGCCGUUAUCAGUUUAGGAUCAAUCUUUGCUCUCGUCUUUUUCGUGAAUACAGUCGCCGGACGUUUGGACCUCACUCGGUAAACAAUGAUCAAAGAAAUGCGAAAGAUGGGAUACUAUGUUAUAUUAAUUUGACGAUACGCACGAGCUACUUACUGUAACAAUUGUAGGGACGUCGUACGUACUCAGCAAUAAAUAAAAUAUUUGUAACGAAUUAUAUUAAUAAAUAAAAC